AGAGCCUUCCUUAUGGCUAGAUCUUAUAUAAUACUGACACUGAUACUGGUUGUGUUCAUCAUUGAUGCGGAAAAAGUAAGUGGUCAAUACGAGUUCUUCAGGCUAGUUACGUUUUGGGGUCCAUCGUAUUGUAGGUUGUACCAAUGUGGGAGAGAAACCCCGGUUCCCAAGUUUACGUUGCAUGGCCUCUGGCCCGAUAACUACACGCGAGGUUUGUACAAGUGUGGUGGCACCCGUUAUCGACCACUGAAGGAUCAACGAAGUAUAAAUGCACGGGAUAGUUAUUGGUAUGAUUAUUUCUUGCCAAAUCCCCCAUCAGCGACAGGUAAUUGGCGCAUUGAACAAGGGUUUUGGGCCCAUGAAUGGAGGGAUCACGGUACAUGUUCAGAAAAUGUUUUCAGCCAACAAAGCUAUUUUAAUCUGGCAAAGAGGUUGAUGUUUAUGUAUGACCUUAAAUCUGCACUCUUUAACCUAAACAAUCCAAUUCCAUUGCCCUGGCCCAGAGUUUCGGAUGUCUUGUCGGUCAUCUCCAAAUCUACUCGAGCUAGGCCAGAAUUACGGUGCCGCUAUUACGACGACCCCAAUAUCCAAAUGUUAGUGGAGGUGGUCUUGUGCUUUGAUGUUCUGGGAAACCAAGUGAUUAACUGUACUCUACCAGGUUCUGUGUUUUGUGGGAGGAGAUCAAGCAGAAUCUAUGUACCGGAAAGCUUUCAGUAG